UGAUACCUUGAAUAAAGGAAAGCUGCUUCAAAGCCUGCAAGAAAGAUGUCGUCGUACAUGCACUCAUUUGGAACAGAAGAUAGCUUCAGGAAACUCGGAUUCUCUUUCUUCCCAAAGCUUCCGUGAGGUGACACUACUGCACAUCUUGCUAUGCUGUCCCUGCAUGGCAGAAUUUCCUGAAGUUCAAGCUAAUGAAGAUUUGUGGUCAUUGGUGCGUGAAUCCCCAAUGCUGGAUGAUGACUGCUUUUUGCUUGUAGUACGUGGUCUCAAUAUGCAGCAACUCGUGUACCCUCUGCUCUCCUCCUUGCCUACACAAAUCUCAUUGUCUUUGCUGAGUGAAGCUUUGAACAACAGUGGAACAGCUGCUCCUGGACAAUUGUCACUAAUUACAGAACUUUGCCGUACAGUUUUGUUUAAAAUGUGCACUGUAGAAUGUUCUGAUGAUUUCUCAAUUCUUAAUAAACUCAAAAUUUGGUUAGAUAAAAUGGUACAGUUGUUUGUGGUUAAAAAUCCCAAGACUUCAGGCUAUGCUCUACUCCAUAUGUUUGAGCUGUUGCACUUGACCCUUAAAGUUGUGACAAAACAGGAUUUAGAGAAGCCUUGCUCAUCUCCAAUUUACAUUCCACUUCAAGGAAUAUUUCGUGUCCACAAUCAUCAGAGCUAUGAACGUCAUGCACCGGAAUUCAUCUCUACUCUCCUUGACACUUGCGCAUUUCUCAUGCGAAAUUGUGAGGCUUUAAUUGAAAAAAUAGAUGUUGAAACCUGGAUGCAAUGGACGGAGGUUGAUUGGUCGCCUUCUCUCUACUGUGUUGAAUCGAAAGGCGUGGAUGUUAUAUCUUUGCAAAGGUUGAUUGCCUUUAGUGCACACUGUAUUCUGAAAAUUUCAAGUCUCACAAGUAAAGAAAGUGAUGGUACUCUUGCUGUUAUAAAUGCUGCAUUUCUGGAACAAAAAGCCCUGAUGGGAUUUAUUCGCCAAGUUGCUAUUGAUGCUAAUCACGAUCCUGACUUGGAAUUGCCUUUGACUGAAAUACUUGAAAUUUUAAGAGUAGAUGCUUACUCUUGCAGCGAAGUUGCCAGUGUUCAGUCUAAUAAAAGAAAAGAGAAACUAUUAAGAGUGGUUAUAGAAACAUCCAAUCAGUUGAGCUUUUUUGCCUCAAAUGACGCGGCUGAUAUUAUUCUGGAAAAUGCUUCAUCUCUGUCAGCAUCACAAAUUGAACAUCUGUUAAAUAGCUUCAUGCUCCACUUCCUUCAGCUUCAAGAUCCUCAGCGGUGGCAGAAGGUGCUGCUUGAGCUGUGCCGCAGUUUGGACGCGCAUGCGCUGCGCCGUGCUACGAUGACCGCGCUGCAGCGCAACCCCGUGAGCCGCGACUGGCUGAGUACGCCUGAGUUCGGUGCUCAUGUCACGGCGCUCUGUAACAUCCUGGCCAUCGACUCUGUAGUGGCAGGCGGUGACUCGUGCCAGGCACGUGAAUGUUGGUGGACGUGCGUGCAGCGGCCACAUGCGACCGUGACGCGCCUCGUGCUGCACGCCGUCGCCGCCACGGGCGUCGCGGCCGCCGUCGCCGCUGCGCUCGACUACCUCGCCCCUCUCUGUCGCGCCCGCCACGAUUCAGAGGGAACCACUUCAAAUCUAACGAGCGCAAUUGGGAACUCUUUGAAGAACCUCUCUUCAUCUUCGGAAACAUCUGCUCAACAUGAGGCGUUCAUCAAAUUUUUUGACAAUUUAUGCGCAGCAACUGCUGAAAAACAAAGUAACUCUUCUGCUUUGAUAAUUUCCGAGGUAACGACUGAAGUUUUACUGCCCGGCUUACGGUGGCAGCCGAGCGAUAAAGAGGACGUAGCAUCAGCUCUUCCAUCUCUUGUGGUACCUAUUGCCAUGUUACAAUCAUUACUGCGACACUGUCCUGAAGAAUUCUUCUCUGGUCUUCCUGCCAAUGAAGCCGUAUCCUUGACGCUUUUCCUGGCCACGAGUUUACAAAACUGCCGAGCAUUGCUGAGUGCUAUCUAUUCAAGAGACGAUUCGGUUUCAAAAAAUCUGACGACAAAUGGACGACUUGCUGCAGAUGAUAAAAUUUGUAAUGGUUAUGACCAUUCAACAAGCAACGAAGUCUCAAUUGAUUUUAAUGGCUCUAAAAACACAGAUACAGCGGUCUGGAUAUCAUCAGAAUUGUCGUCUAGCCAGACACUGUUGGUCUUGAAGCAUCUAUCUGAACUCAAAGAACUACUUAGCAUCAUUGCUGUCCACUUGGCUACGAGUGAGGAACACGUUCAUGCAUCUGAACUCCUGCUGAAAUAUUUCCAGCCACACUCUAAGAACUUCUCUUACUCUUGUAUGGUUAUCUUGAGGCCAAUUUUUGCUACAACACAAGCCUUGAAUCUGAAAAUCUUUUUGCCGCAUACAAAAACGGCACAACUUAUAGAAGUUAUCCAAUCGGCGUCGACUAGAUGCGCCACAACUGUACCUCAACUUAGUGACUUCAAUUUGUGGAGUCGAGAAGAAUGGCUUCAUUCUUUAUGUCAGAUUCUGCCGGAAGCCUCUGCUGAUGAGUGGAACACAAUUGCUUCUAUUCUAACUCGUAUUCAGGUUCCUAAACAAGGAGAUGAAUCAUGUGAGAGUGAAGUCGGUGCUCUGAUUUUGCUGUGGGAUGCGCUUCAACUGCUGCUCCGGCAACCGUUCAUCAACGUUACUCUGUUUUUCAAGAACUUCACGUCAGCUGCUACUCAAAUUUUAAGGUGGGAAUGUGCGAAGCUGACUGGAGGAAAGCAGUUGCUGAUGUUGUGUCAGACGUUCCUGUGGUGGUGUCAGCAGUCUAGCGGGAUCAACUCGACCAUGGCAGCCCUUGGAACUGCACACACUGUUCUGCUGCUGCUCAGAAUUCUGGAACUUGUGCGAGAAUUGGUGGUGGGAGGAAAAAUUUCCAACGGCAAGCCAUGUGAACAGAUAAGCAAGAAAACCGGCAAGAAAUCUACAGACAAUACGAUGCAACGUAAAGAUGAUCGUGAGAGGGUCAAUAGUAAUGAUUUUAUCCAGAACUCUCAGGUUUCUUCUCUCAAAGUGGUUCCGAAGGAAGAGGCGCGAAAACUAAUUUCAAUGUUAGUCGUUCCACUCGUGAAGUAUUUUGGAGAUGAUGACAAUACAGCGUUGUUGGCUACUCAUCUUGCAGUGGUUUUAGAAACGUGAAAAUUCUCAUUUGUUUAUCGAAGAAUAAAAAGUUGAGAGAUGUUCCUGCA